AUGAAUGAUGAACACAACAUCCCAGGAGAGUUGAGCAACGAGAACGACAGCCUGGUUCAGGCCCCUGAGAGCGGACCAAUCCAGACAAUCAAUCCGAGACCAUUGCCCAAAACCCAGUGGAAAGCUUCAUCGCGGAUAGUGGAGGAGAAUCUCGCCCAGGGCCUUUCGAAUGAGGAUCUCUGGAUGCUGAUUCGGCGAUUCGACAAGCAAAUCUACCAUGUACGAGCUGUCCAAGAUGCCAAAGCCCAGAACCUCGAUUUGAAUCGCGUGGACACUGAACGAUUCCCACCCGAAAAACUGCGUAUUACCCUCGAGCGGUUUUACACCUCGGUUGUUGUCGGCGUCAUCGAGUUUUUCCGGCAUAUAACUCGAUUACGAUCUUGGAAGGAGUCCGGGCGGACAACAGUUUUUUGUAUAGUGUAUUUCGUGUCAUGGGCUCUAGAUUUCCUUGUUCCGACCAUCUGCGUUUUCUUCAUUUCCCUCAUCAUGGUGCCAUCCGCCCGCGCAUGGAUGUUUCCUCCGACUCCAGAAACACUGGAUUCGGAGGUUCCCAGUGCAAAAACUCCUGGAAUGGAGCAACCUGAAUCCCUAGACAGUCUGACGGGUGCGCCAGAAACUCACAAGGGUGAGGCUGCGGAGCAAGAAGCAAGGAAUUUGAUCGACAGUCUAGCCACAGUUGCAAUGGAAAGUGCCGCCGCCAAGUACGGCCAGGCUGUUGUUGAAGAUGACCCUGAGCAACCCCUUCUUGGUGACGGGUCAGAAGUCAUUGACAAUCCCGAAACACCAAAUACCGAUGCAAUUGAAGACAAUACUAAAAUACCCAUGAAGAAAAAGGUAUCUCAUGCUACCAACCAGCUGAUGCGUGGAUUGAGUGAUGUCACCGAUAUAUAUGAGAAAUUUGCCAAUCUUCUCUCACCAACGCCGCCAUUUUUACUACUUACAUCUAGAUUACAGCUAGCUGGUAUCUUCACCUUGAUAUCUGUGCUAGUACCUGUAGUGUCUAGCUAUUGGAUUGUGAAGAUCAUUGGAUUCGCCAUUGGCUUUGGCUUCUUCGGGGACCCGGUCAUAAAUUACACUCUCGACACCCUGAACCAAAAGAUUCCGAACUGGAAAGAUCACAUGGAUUUGGAAAAGACGCUAUUGAAAGGCGUUCCUACCAACGCCCAGCUAACAUUGACUCUUCUGCGGAUUGGAGAAAUUAACUCCGAGCCUCUACCACCCCCUCCAGCUAUAGGUAACAAAGAUCGAGCAUGGCCUAUCUCACGCAAAAAGUCGCAGGCAGGAUCAUCUUCGGAUCUUACAAAACAGAACUCCUCGUCCGAACUGCAAAAAUCAAAUUCGAAUAUGUCCCUUCCUGAAACAAAGCCGAAACGCAGAACUAUGUUCAAGUUCUUCAAAUUCCUGCGCCGAACAAUUGCAACCGCAAUCCAGGGUCACAUUGCAUUUGACCGAGCAAUGGCCAUCGCUGGAUCCGCCCACACGAAGAACUUGCUUGGCAUGCUGCAAAACAUACACUUUUCCGCAACCCCAUUUGGACCCCUAAAAUUCGACGCAAAGUACGAGCGCAAGAGAGGUGCAGCUGUGAUCGACAACUCUAAAGAACCCCCUAUCCUGUAUUUCACGACAUACCAGUCUGCCGGUCUGGAUGAUCUGCGAAUUGAGAGUCGGAAGAAGGGAUCUGUUCUGUUCCAGAUUCCUGUCACUGAGAUCAAGGAGUUGAAGAAGACUGAAGGUCUUGGGUGGAAGCGGAAGUUGAUUGUUGAAUUGACCGCUGGUAGUAAGGAGGCUGCGGAUGGUCUGGUGGUUAGCGGCGAUGAUCUAGAGCAGUCCUACCAUCUCACAGGUAUGAGAUCUCGGAACCAGCUGUUCAAUCGACUGGUUGCAAUGGAUGCGCAGUUCUGGGAGAGUCGUUGA